AUGAGAAUCACGAAUAUACUACUCUUCUUUGCGGCGACUGCCUGGGGUGCAGACAUAGGGCGGCGUGAUGACACUACAACAGCCAGUGAAAGUGGCUUCAAUCUUGCUCAAAUAUCCAGCGCUCUUGCAAACCUCAAGCCCAACACCACCGCGUCGGCUAACUUUGGCAACAUCUCCCCGCCACCCAAGUCCUUGAUCUCGGAGAUCCUUUCGGUCGUCCCCUUGACCGUGCUCUGGGAACUCAUCAACCAAGACUCCCGCAGCUCGCUGGCGAGCCAAUUCAGCGCUGGCACCACUCCCGCCUGGUAUAGCAGUCUGCCGGCCGAUGUGAAAAGCUAUAUGUCUGUCGUAAAGUCGCAAAUCUCCGGCGGCGCCUUGACGGCCACGACGGGACUGGCCUACGAGACCACCAGCACCAGCACCGGGACCGGCACCGGCACCGGCGCCGGUGCAAGUGCAACAGGAUCAACAAAGACCGUGAGCGGGUCGACUUCAACCUCGAGCGGAUUGGGAGUAUCGCAGCCAACGGUACUGACGGCAUCAGUGGUCGGGGCGUUGGGUGUACUUGGGUUAGCUUUGGUAUUGUAG